GGGCUGGGGGUGGGGUUAUUCCUUCGCGGCUUGGGCCUCCGAAGUUGCCACCGCGGGCUACGCUGUGAAGCUUUAAAAGAUGUUCAACAAAGAAUCUUGUGGGAAAAAAGAGAAGUCUCGGAGAAAAGGCACCACCUCAUCGCCCAAUGUUGAUAAAGAAGAUAAGAAAGAGGAAAACACUUCAGGUUCUGCUAGUUCGACUUCCUCUGUAAGAUCAGUUUCUUCAGAGAAGAGAAAACUGAAACCAGAUCAAACAGGUAUUCUCUAUUAUGAUACAAAAAGAAGACAAGAACUCAAAAGAUUCAGUGUAAUAUCUGAUAUUUUAAGAAAGAGAUCAAGAACCAGUUCAUCUCAAGGACCUGUUCAGUUCCCAGAAACAUCAUGCUCCAAUGAUAAUCAGAUUACUUCACAAAGCCCUGCUUCAAAUGGAACUAGAGCAAAUAUAAGUAAAUGCAUACACUUUAAACUUAAGAACACUAGGUUUAAAAAUGUUCAGGAUAAACUUGAACUUAAAAACCUUGGUAGUCCUAAGAUUACAAAAGAUGCGACACCUAGAGUCAAAAGUCAGGGAACGGAAAAGAAAGACACUGCUUUACUUAGCCAAGAACUCAAGAAAGAAGGAUACAGUAAUUUCGGAGACAGUUCAGAAAGCUGUGUCUUGGAGAAAUGCAAAAAAAAGGAAUUUUCUCAGGAUUAUAAUUCCAACAAAGUAAUUGAGGACGUGCUUGAGCCCAGAAGAAGAAAGAUCAGUUUCAAAAUCCCAAUAAAAUCUCGCGCCACUCUUCAGAAACUUGUGGAAGACAGCGUGUUCAGUGUAGUUGCCGACAAGUCAAAGACAAACCAGAAGGAAGAAAACCCAGGAAGCUCCCGGGUGUCGUCAUCUUUGACAAGGCACACAACUAAAGAUUUACUUUCAGAUACUGCAGAUAAGACUUCUCCUGAUUGGAAAGGACCCUCUCAUCGUCAGCAUCAGGAAACUAAUGAUUCAAGAUCUAGUGACCAUCUACCCCAGAGUCUUGAUGCACCAUGUUCUUCGGCUUCUCCAGAAAGUGUUCAAGAUACAGACCAAGAGAUGCAGAUAGUAGAAGAGCUUCAUGCUGCACGUGUGGGAAAAAGUGUGGAUUUACCUGUGAUUCCUCCCUCUGGAGAGUUAAUGAGCAUGGAAAUUGACUUGGUAGAAGACGAUGUACAUUCUUCUGCUGAAAAUACUGCUUCAAACAAAAGUCUUCUAAUUGUUAUUGACACAAAUAUUUUAAUGAAUCAUCUCAGAUUUGUAAGGAUGUUGAAGACAACAGAAAUACCAGGCUUUGACAGAUUGGUGUUGAUCAUUCCCUGGGUGGUUGUGCAAGAACUGGACCGCAUGAAAGCAGGAAAACUGCUGAAACAUGUCCAGCAUAAAGCCAUCCCUGCAGUUCAUUUCAUCAAUGACAGUCUCAAAAGUCCAGACAGAAAGCUAUGGGGUCAAUCAAUACAACUUGCAUCUCAAAAGUUUUAUGGAUUGAGUGAUGAGAAUAAUGAUGAUCGAGUAUUAAAAUGCUGUCUUCAGUACCAGGAAUUGUUCCCUUGUUCUCAAGUUAUUCUAUGCACGGAUGAUAGAAAUUUAAGAAACAAGGGUCUUAUAAGUGGUGUGAAGUCACUCAGUAAAGAAGAAUUGAAUUCAGAGUUAUUAAACUUAUUUAUGGUCACAGAUGGGUGUCGUCAGCCUUGUGUUUCUAAGCCGCAAUUGAAAGCAACAUCCGUGAAAAAGAGACCUGAAGAGGAACCCACAAGUUCUGGACUAUCUGUUGUCCUUGGAAGCAUCAUAGCUGAGCUGGAAAAGUCUCUUGGAAUGGCUUUAUCUUCAAUAUUAGAGAUUGAAAUGAAAAUUGCUUUUGGAAAUCUCUGGAUGGAGAUGCUGUACUUGAAACCACCAUGGACUUUAGUACAUUUAUUUCAGUGUUUUAAAAAACAUUGGUUAGCUGUAUUUGGAUUAAUUAUGGAAAACAACUUACUUUUAAUCAUUGAGAGCCUAUAUGACAAUCUGUGUAAAGCUGAUAGUACAUUGGAUUUUGCAACAGUGAAAUUCCUGCUUCAGGAUUCCAAAACUUUGUUACAUGCUUUCAGUACAAGGUCAAAUUAUGAUGGUAUUCUUCCACAAGCAUUUGCUCAAGUGGACAAACUACUGCAAACAAUCUCAGAGGUCAAGGCAAAACUUAAGCCAACGCCUUCAGAAAGCACGCUGAGUCAACAGCAGGAAGUGACUUCGAUGAAAUCUAGUAAUCCAGAAACCACACUUUUCUCGGAUUCUCAGCUUCCCCAAUCCAACAGGAAUCAAGAAAUCUGGUCUAUCCUAGAGAAUGUUUGGAUUACAAUAUAUCAGAACAGCACAGAUGUUUUUCAAAGAUUGGGCUCUAAUUCAGCUCUAACUACUUCAAAUAUAGCAUCAUUUGAAGAAGCAUUUAUAUAUCUUCAAAAGUUAAUGGCAGCUGUGAAGGAUAUUCUUGAAGGAAUUCAAAGGAUUUUGGCCCCCAACAGUACUCAUCAAGAUGUUGAGAUGCUCUAUAACUUUCUAAUCAAGAAUGAGUUAAAUCAAAGUGUCAUAUUUACUACCCAAGAACUUUAUGACUGUGUUUCCCAGAAUGAAUAUCGAGAAAAAUUGACCAUUGGAUGCCACCAGCUGAUUGAGCUGGAAUAUACCAUGCAUCAGUGCCAUGCAUCGGUCUACAUGAAGGCCCAAAACCAGGGAUGGUGUGAAGAGAGAUCUGCUCAACUGUAGGACCUACAUGCUCAUCGUAAUUUAAAAGGAACUGAAUUUGUCUUGAAAAAUAACACUAGCCAAAUCCAAGUGAAUGGUGUCCAAAAAUGUAUCUUUGGUACAAAAACGUGAUAGCCUCCUGGGAGAUUUUAGGGGGGCGGGAAGGAAGCAUAGAAAACAAAAAAGCCUUCUACAUCAAUUGUGGGAUCAAUUGUAGCUCUAACUCUUCGGAGUUGACAAUACCUCCCUACCUCUAUUCUUUGUACUGAGCUGGCGUCCUUGAAGGAAAGCAGAGCCAGCUUUCUUGACGUGGGGCAGAAGCCAGUCAGUCCUGCAUCUGACGACGACCCGGGCACAGCGUUAGUAUCUCUCUCAACCCUAAAUGUGGGCACAUGACCAGAGAUAGCCCCCAAACUCAAGGGAUUAGGAUAUGACUAUGUUUGCCUAGUUCCACAACUAUAAUCUUACCGUGAGCUGGUUUGUUGUUUUGGGGGGGAGGCAAAUUGUUUUCCAUAUAACCUGGUGGAAACUAUGUGCCCCUAAAGGCCUGCUCCACCUACCACCAAGGUAUUGGAAAGUCGACUUGAUUUCACCUGUAGUUCGUUACAGCCUCCCGUUCUCUGGGCAUGUUAUUAUGCAGGGCAUUUCUAACUGGGAGAUAAGGUUGAAGACCCGGAGGUCGAGUUUCCCUAUAAAAUGUGAAGCCACAUGUAUUUGUGGGAUUAGGCAGUAGUGACUGAUGUCUGUUUGCCCCUGAUGAAAACCAAGUGCUUGAUUGACUUACUGAGUUACAGUAGAAGCCAUUAGUAUAUUAUGUUUUUGUUACUACAUUAGAUUAAACCCAACUGGUGUUUAGUAUAUUGUUUUUGUUAACAAUUUAGAUUAAAUCCAAGUUGGCAUUCUCUUGUAAACAUUUGUUCAUUUAUAUAUUUUUUAAAAAGUAAUAAAUAACUUAUUUUCAGUAA